CACCAUCAGCUAUAUUGAAUCACUGAUGCCGACCAGCGAACGCCAAAAGCAACUGAUGCGCCAGUAUUGCUUUGAAUGUGACUGUCCCCUCUGCCAGAAUCAAGAAAAGGAUGCUGAGAAACUGGCUGGUGAAGAGCAUGCCUGGAAAGAAGUCAAAGAUGCUGUAAAUGAAGUGAGAUAUCCAAAAUCAAAAGAAGAGUGGGAGCAGGUUCUGGAAAGGUGCCAGAAUCUCUUGAGCAGCAACAUGGAUCGUCUUCCAGACACAAACAUCUACCAGCUGAAAAUGCUUGACUGUGCCAUGGAUGCCUGUAUUAACCUUGAAUCCUGGGAAGAAGCUUUGUAUUAUGGCAGCAGGACACUGGAACCAUACAGACUGUAUUAUCCUGGUUUCCAUCCGCUGAAGGCUGUCCAGCUGAUGCGAGUGGGCAAACUGCAGUACAGUCAAGACAUGUUUCCUGAAGCACUGGAGACCUUGAAACAGGUCA